UCUUUGAGCUCCUGUCUAAACCUGUGCCACCAUGGACAAAUCCAUCUGCACAUUAUUGCUGCUAACAUCCCUGCUAUCCAUCCACACCGUGCGUGUGUAUGGAGAUGGUUUUGUACUGAUGCCCAUUGAACUGGCUCCUAUACCCUGCAACGACAAAGCAGUGGAAAAGCUGUCUCGGCUGGCCGUCACUUACAUCAAUGAGGAUCGCACCGAAGGCUAUAAGUUUGCCCUCAACCGCGUUGCAAACGUCCACCUGCACGCUCAGGGCCCAGCAGGCAAUGUAUAUUACCUGGACCUGGAUGUCCUGGAGACCAAGUGUCACACAGGCAGCCCAAAACCAUGGAAACGCUGUGACGUCAGACCAUUCAUGGAAACACAAGUCUCUGGCAACUGCAACACCACCAUUCUGCACACACCGGAGGGCUACUCUUACCUGUACAGCUACGACUGCGCUCUGGUGCCAGACCCCCCAGAGAAGCUGCAGCAGACCUGUCCAACCUGCCCUCUCCUGCUUCCUGAAGACAGUCCGAAGGCCGUGACUGCUGCCCGGGUCACUCUGUCCCAGUAUAAGAGGCAGUCUACUCUGGGUGCAGGACUUGGAGUUAAAAAGAUCAUGAGAGCUGCAGCACAGACUGUGCCAGUAAAAGCCACCUUUGUGGAGUAUACAGUUCAAGAGUGUCCAGAGGGAAUAACAGAAAGAGGCACCUGCCAGCGGCUGACAAUCGAAUCUGACACAGAGACUGCAGGUUUCUGUACAGGUUCUGUGCAUGGAGACAUGAACGCCGAUCCUGAAGCUCAGGUGUCCUGCGAGAUGUUUAAAAUACAGAAUGUGGACCACCUCAGACCAGUGCAGCCACAAGGUCACGACCUCCCCCAACCCGCAAUCCCAACUUUUCCACCCAUAAUUGAUGACGCAGGAAACGAUCCGCAGCCUGCUCCCUUUGAUCCCCCGUCACCCACCGACGCUCUGCCAGCACCGUUCGACCCCGCACCGUUCGACCCCGCACCUGUCGACCCCGCACCUGUCGACCCGGUGGCCCUCGACCCCUCUGUUGGCGUUAACCCUUCCGUCGCUCUCAGCUCUUCUUCUUCUUCCAGUGAGUCUGCUGAAAGUUUAACAAACCAGCAACAGCAGCCGUCCAGCGCUGGGCCUUAUGGUUCGUCCUCUGAAGAAGUCCCGGGCCUUCUGGCUCUGCGUCCGCCCUUUAACUUCCGCUACCAGAAGCGUGACCGUAAGAAGCGGCAGGCCUUGAUAGAAACUUCACCCUCUUACAACCCCGUCUUCCUGGCUGAUUUCCCCAGUGGGAACUCUCCUUUCCGAUCCUGUCCCGGUGCGGCUCGAUACACCACAGUUUAACUGGUGCUGCUUAGGGCUCCAUUUGUUCAUGUAUGAUUUUAUCCAGUGAGAGUCUGGACCAAUAAACUGCUCCGCACCCUGUCACUGGAGGCUUGUAAUAAUUUGUGCUAAUGAGAGGGAUGCUGUGUCUUUUCAGUGGCCCUGGAAUGACUUCUCUGCUGCUGCUGCUGUAACAGCGCUCCCAAAGCACAUGAAGCUCAAACAUGUAUUUGGAAAUGGCUUCAAAUAUUUGAACAAUUUGAAUAAAUCUUGGUUUGAA